GAAUAAUUUUAUUGGUGUAAUUAAGAUAAUAAUUUAAAAGAUAGAUUAAGUUAAAAUAACGAUGCCGCAAGAUCAGGUGGGAUCGCAACGUUUAACAAACGAUGAUUUUCGCAAAUUAUUGAUGACGCCGCGCGCGACUCCGAGUCAUGCAGCACCCGCUCCUGGAUCCAUUCGGGAAGCGAUGGCUAAUUCGAAAAUGUUACCCCCGAAAGAUGACCGUUUCGAGGAGCGUCGCAAAAAGAAAAGCUUUUACGCCAAAUUAAAAAAGCAAGAAGAUACUAAAAUGGCUGAAUUAGCUGAGAAAUACCGCGACCGAGCCAGCGAACGCCGCCAAGGUGUUAACCCGGAUUACCAAACCGAUGACCCCAUGAACACCGCGCAAGCAUAUCGAGCAGUGGCCCCCGAUUUAAAAUCGGGAUUUGACGCCGCCGAAAGGCGCAGACAAAUGAUUCAAGAAUCAAAGUUCUUGGGGGGCGACAUGGAGCACACUCAUUUAGUAAAGGGGUUAGAUUACGCGUUAUUACAAAAAGUGAGGUCAGAAAUCCAACAUAAAGAACAAGAACAAGAAGCGGAGAUGGAAAGAAUCGCGAAUAAAACGUUAGAGGAGAAAGAAAAAAGCAAAAAAGAGGUCGUCGAAGAUGAAAUGCAAUUUAAAACUAAAAUAGGGCGCUCAAUUUACCACACCGUGUGUUUAUUAAAAUCGAGACACAUCGAAAAAUCCGAGCUUUUUAUCCCUGGAAGGAUGGCCUACGUUAUUGAUUUAGACGAUGACGCUGAAACGGACGUUCCGGUGACCUUAAUAAGAUCAAGGGCGGAUGUCCCCGCUUUAGAAUCAACAACAACUUUAUCAACGAACGAUAUCGUUAUAAACAAAUUAACCCAAAUUCUAAGUUAUUUAAGACAAGGUAAUCGAAAAGGAAAAAAGGGUAAAAAAGUCGAAUCGAAAGAUCUCGAUUUAGAGAAGCGUUUAAAUCUGAAUCAAUCGAACCCGAACACAUCGUCGUUUCGAGACGAUUCGAUUUACGGCGAUAUCGGUGAUUACAUCCCGACUGCGAGUUCUUCGACGUCAAAGCGUUCUGAUAAGCAGCAAAAUCAGAAAAAAAAUCACCCCUAUUUUGAGAAAAACGACGAAGAUGAAACCGAUAAGAUAUCGGGGCCGAAUUUAAAAUUGAAUAAAUCAGCGCAAAUUUUGAAUCGCCUAGCGCAGGAACCUGAGGGAUAUGCUGAGUGUUAUCCGGGGUUGGAAGAAAUGAACGAUGCGAUUGAUGAUUCCGAUGAUGAGGUGGAUUAUUCAAAAAUGGAUUUGGGGAAUAAAAAGGGGCCGAUUGGGCGGUGGGAUUUUGAUACGGCUGAGGAGUACUCGGAUUAUAUGAAUCAAAAGGAGGCAUUGCCAAAGGCUGCUUUUCAAUACGGGGUUAAAAUGGCUGAUGGGAGGAGAUCGAGGAAGCAUAAGGAUAAGAAUGAGAAGGCGCAUUUAGAUCGGGAGUGGCAAAAGAUUCAAAAUAUUAUUCAUAAGCCGCCUGAAAGUAAACGGGCCAAAUAUUAGAUUGAUUAAUUUUAAGUCAACAAUUAAUUCUAGGAUUCUCCUAUUUAAAUAAUUACUCCAUCUAGCGGUUAUAACCUGAAUUGAUAGUAAAUUUGGCAUUUAGAACCCA